GCAAAAAGUGGGGUGAAUGUGUUCAAGGUCACAUGCUUCAAACUUGUAUCUAUAAAACCAGUCAGAGCUAAAAAAAUCUGCUAAACUCCAGCUUGGCUUGGCUUGCUGUUUAGUUAGUUUGUGUUUCUGUCUGAUUUUCCCAGGAAAAUGAAAGCAGUGAUUGUAUUAGUGGCAGUAGCCAGUCUUCACUGUUUUGUUGCCCAAGGCUUGCCUGAACCAGUUUCAUCUUGUAAACACAAUGGACAGACAUAUGAAAUUGGAGAAAUAAUCCCCUAUGACAGCUGUAACAUCUGUAAAUGUGGUGUCUAUGGUAUCAUGUGUACACUGAUGGCAUGCCCUGAUAACUCGGGCAGAUGUUAUGUUAAUGGAAAGUGGUAUGAAAGUGGAACCAGUGUACCAAAGGCUGAUGGCUGCAACACUUGCUUGUGUCAAAAUGGACAAUUAACUAUUUGCACUAAGAUGGCAUGCAUUCACAUUUGAGAAGAAGUUUAGCAUUUUAAAAUAUUAAUAAAACGAGAGCAAAUCUGCUGACAAAUU